GCAGCGGCCGCGGCGGGCAUUGUGCGGCGGAGCGGCGCGCUGGGGCUCGCCCCCCGGCCGGGCAGAGGCGGCGGCGCUGCGGGCCAGGCUGCCCCCGGGAGCAGGGGGCGCUGGUGUCGGAGGGGAAUGGGCUCCAUGGCGGGGCUGCUGCCGCCCGGAGACUGCGGGUGCGAUGGGGACGCGGAAGCUGCGGGAGCCCGGCACAGACACCGGCAGCCAGAGGAGCGGGUCCAGCAAGAACAAAGAAACCACACUGUGGAGCCUGUUAUAGAUGACUAUAAAAAGAUGGGGACUCUAUUUGGUGAACUAAACAAAAGCCUUAUCAGCAUAGGCUUCACGAGGAUGUAUUUUGGAGAACGGAUUGUGGAACCUGUAAUAAUCAUAUUCUUCUGGGUUAUGCUUUGGUUCCUUGGCUUACAAGCUCUUGGACUAGUUGCUGUUCUGUGCCUUGUCAUUAUUUACGUGCAACAGUAGAGUAUGGUGAAUGGCCUGUUGGAUAACAUAUUACAACCAUGUCACCUUUCAGUGGAUUUAUAUGUUUAAACAAACACUGGCAUAUUAAAAGCUGCAAUUUUCCAAAUCAUGCUACACAUUACAUUUGUGAGGUCUCUACAUUCAGACUAAAAUUACAUAUGCAUUUUAAAGGAAGUCAACAGUCCUAGCACAUCUCCAAAGGGAAUGAAAAGGAUAUGCUCCUAAUAAUGGUACUGUCCAAAGUAACUUACUCUUUUGAAGGGCUUGUCCACACAGUAAGUUAGUACACAGCAAGCCAGGGUGUGACUCUACUGCACACUAGCGUUUCAAAUACUAACUCGGUGUGGACAAGCCUGAGUGAGGGUACAUGAGCCAUUGCAACCUUGAGGGCUCAGUCCUAGGUUGCCUUUUUAUUAAAUGUGGUAUAAAAACACCUCCAUCUGAAUGGGGUCAGCCUCUCUUCUGUGAUGUGGCUGAUAUUUUGAAAUGACACUUUCUUGUGUAAUGGAAAUUCCUCUCUUUGUUUUGAAGAGUACACAUAACCAUGAGAUUUAUGUUCCGUUAUUUUUACAUUGUUCUCUCCUGUAAGCUUUUUGAAGGCUGGGCCCAUAAAUCUGAACUAACUAAAAAUGUGUUCCUCCACUGGCUUGCACGUGUGCGCACACACAUUAGUUUGUGACUGUAAUGCCAGGCCUACGUUAGAAAAGGGUUGUCAGUCUAGCUAUACCGA